UGCUAUAAUUCGUAGCGAUCCGGUGCUACACACACUUCAAACAAUACUUACAUCGUGUAAAGAACUAUACCGCUCUUUAAUAUACGAAAUUCGAGUGUUAAUUAUAAAUGGGAGACGUUAAUAAAUUAAAUACCUUCCCAGAUAUAAUGAGAAAGUGUUUCAAAAUGGGGCUCUUUAAAAUUAUACCAAGUCAAGGACUAAGCAAAGAAAAACCCUAUGAGACCAGUGAAGACAAGAAUGAUAAGGACGUGGUGUCGUUAAUAAUUGGUGACUACGGCUGCUGGCAGCUUAUGAUGACCUUUCUUCUUUCACUUUUCUCUUUUCCCUGCACAUUCCACAUAUAUCUACCAACAUUUACGGUAAAAGCCACAAAAUUUUGGUGUCGAAGACCCGAAAAUUUAUCGAGUUUACCAAUAGACUACUGGAUCAACUACAGUCAACCGGUCGAUGCGUGCUCUGUACGCGCGUUGCCACCUGGUAUUACUGCCGAAAGUAUUAUGAACUAUACUGCUCCAAUUUUAGAUUCAUUCUUGAAAUGUGAUGAAUGGGAUUAUGACCGAUCAGAAGUUGGCAAUACAAUAAUUUCGGAAUGGAAUCUCGUCUGUGAUAGGGAAAGCCUCACUAAUUUAGCCGAAGUGGUGUUUUUAGUCGGAGUUGGUGUUGGGGGUGUAUUAGGGGGAUGGAUAUCAGAUAGAUUUGGCCGUAAGAAAAUACUCAUCGGCAUGAUCAUUGCCCAAAGCUCAUUGGCUAUCUUAUCUUUAUUGGUGCAAUCAUUCACACAAUACGUUUUGGUCAGGCUUGUCAUGGGCCUUGUAUCCGUGUCUGUAGUGUAUGCAGCAUUUGUACUCUCAGUAGAGUUGGUAGGUGGUGCCUGGGUGACGAUUGCCGGAGUCUGCAAUUUCUUUCCACUGCCAUUAGCCUACAUAAUUGUAUCGCUGCUUUCAAUGCUUUUACCAAAUUGGAGAGAUUUACAACUGGCUGUAUCUGUACCAGGAUGUUUCCUGCUUCUUUUGUGGUUUGUUUUGCCUGAAUCUCCGAGAUGGUUACUAAGUGUCGGUAGAACGCAAGAAGCCAAAGUGAUAUUAGAAAAAGCAGCAAAAUUCAAUAAAAGAGAAAACAUAGCAGAUUUGGACAAAUUACUAGUUUUACACAGACCAGAAGUUAGAACGGAGGAACCCAAUGUACUUAUGAUAUUUAAAGGAUAUCUAUUAAAACGCACUUUUUGCUUAUUUAUUAUAUGGUUUUCAAUGACCAUCGCCUACUAUGGAUUAUUAUUAAACAUUGGAAAAUUCAAUCUGGGUAACUUGCACGUAACUUCAAUAAUACUCGCUGUGGUAGAAGUACCUGCAAUAGCACUCAGUAUACCUAUUUUAUUCAAAGCCGGAAGACGGAUACCAAUUUUUAUUACAAUGGUAGUUUGUGGACUUGCGUGUGUAGCAAGUGAACUGUUUACGAUAUCUAUCCAAGAAAACUGGGUCAUAAUAUCUUGCCUUAUGGUUGGAAAGUUUGCUAUUGCGUCAACAAAUAUUAUGCUACCAAUAUUUACGGCGGAACUAUAUCCUACCAUAAUAAGAAAUCUGGGAGUCGGAGCAAGUCAAAUAUCAUCGGGAUUAGCACUUAUCUGUAUACCUUACUUAUGGGAAUUGGCAAAACUGAAUGACCACUUGCCAAUGAUGACUAUAGCUGCACUUAGCGGGGCUGGAGGCGCCGUUGUUCUUCUACUGCCUGACACCAUCUCUAAAUCUAAAGAAACUAAAAAGUCAGCAAAUACUACAUGCAAUCAUGAAACGUUUACUGUUACUGACGAUAGAGGGCAGUAAUAGUUUAAAGAAGGCUGAACUGAAGGUUAAAAAAUUGUGAUCGUGAAAAGUGAUAGAAACUUAAUUUGUGUUAUUUGGAGUCACCAAAUAUUUAUUUACACCGUUGUUUUAGUUGUUUAAGUAUUCAGAAUACAGAUUUCGAUAACGAUAACGAUAUAUUGUUGAACAAUAUAUUAAUAAUAUUAAUAACUA